AUGGAGAGAGUUAUUUAUAUACCUGGUGAGGGGGGACAGCUGUGGCCACUGAGGUGUCAACAUCCUCAGCCUCCACGUGGCUACUUUUCAUUCGCUGGGUCCUUUACAGCCUUCAAAUCCACGGCGGUGUCUGGGUGUGGCGUGCGAUGUGAGAUUCGUGUGGGUCAUUAUUUUAGGGCAUCGUGA